UCACGAUACGGUGAACUUCACUCACUAUGGCGGAUUGUUUAUCUGCUGAAAUUGACGCUGACUAGCGGUCUUGGAUCCUUCGUGCGAAUAUUCGAAAAGGAAAGUGUCAAUUAAUUAAUUAACAACAAGCAAGGAUCAACUUCACUGACAAUGGUUCUCACAAAAGAAUAUCGCAUUUGCAUGCCGCUUACUAAGGAGGAGUAUCGCAUUGGCCAGUUAUAUAUGAUUGCUAGACAUAGUCAUGAGCAAUCUGAUUCCGAUGAGGGAGUAGAAGUUAUAGAAAAUACCACUUGCGAAGAUCCUUUACAUGGAAAAGGCCAGUAUACAGAGAAAAGAAUCCAUCUUUCUAGUAAACUUCCUUACUGGAUACAAUCUAUCUUACCACGAAUAUUUUAUGUGACAGAAAAAGCAUGGAACUAUUAUCCUUUUACUAUUACAGAAUAUACUUGUUCCUUCAUCCCAAAGUUUCAUGUAGCAAUAAAUACACGUUAUGAAGAUAACAAUGGUUCGACAGAAAAUUGCUUAGGGUUGUCACCUAUUGAAUUGAUCCAUAGAGAAGUUGAUUUUGUGGAUAUUGCAUAUGAUGAAAUCUCUGCAAAGCAUUACAAAGAGGAGGAAGAUCCUAAAUUUUUCCAAUCAAAACGAACGGGCCGUGGUCCCUUGGUUGAAGGCUGGAGAGACAUGACACAACCCAUAAUGUGUUCCUACAAGUUGGUUCAUGCCUCAUUUGAAGUCUGGGGAAUGCAGACGCGAGUAGAAGAAUUUAUACAUAGAUGUAUCAGGGACAUCUUGUUGUUAGGCCACAGACAGGCUUUUGCCUGGAUUGACGAGUGGUAUGAUAUGAAUCUGGAAAGCGUUCGGCAAUACGAACAAAAGAUGCAAGAGGAAACAAACGAGAAGGUUAGACUGAGAAAUCAACUUGACGAAAAGCAGCUCUCUAUGGCAGGUACACCAUCCUCAUCUAUACCAACCACACCGACGGCGAAGUCACCCGCACAAUCCUCGAAUCGAUCAUGGUUUUCUUGGUCGUAGCUAUUAUUUGAGUGACAAUGAUCUUAGACUCUAUGACAGCUUUCCGAAUGAACGAAAAAAAGAAAGAAAAUAAAGAAACGAGUGACAUUCUUUAUUUCCCACGCACUACAUGCACACGUUGAAUGUCCUGAAUAAUAUGCGAGUCGUUAACGAAUAUAUAUUUUUUAAACAGA